CAUUUUGUGAAGAGCUGUGGGCUGUCUCACUUCAGUCUUUCAGAGUCUCUUGGUAGAGUCUGUUCUGCUCCUGAGUCAAUGUAGACCGUUGCUUUCUCCAGCCACCCACAACGUUUGACCCCCGGACAUAAUAUUUUAGAGUGCUAAUCUAAAGGACUGAAUCUAUUGGUCAUCAAACCACGGCAAACCUAUGAAGGUGCUGAGUGGUCACGGCGUGUCUAAAUCGUUGACCCAAAGCAGCAUGGACGUAAUCAGCAUGCCAGCCACAGCUGUUCCUGUGAAUACAGGAAUCUCCCUUAGUCAGCAGACUAAAGCCAAUCUGACCAGCAUCUCCCACACCGGAAACAUCAACCAAAGGCGCUGGAAGAGCAUCUUGAGACGUGUACAGAAGAAGAACAUGGAAUAUCCCAAAAACACGCUAUUUGGGCGACCCUUGUCUGAUAUCUGUCAAAAAGAUGGGUGUCCUCCCAAAGCAGUUAUGGAUAUCCUUACUUUGCUGCUGAGAAAGGGUCUGUACAUUGAGGGGGUGUUCAGGAAGGCUGGGAACGCCAGGGCUCUCAGAGAGAUCAAGGCACAGCUCAACGAUGGGAUAGAAGUGGAUCUGAAAGAGCAGUCUGUCUUUUUGCUUGCUGAUCUUGUCAAGGAUUUUCUUAGACACCUGCCUGGCAGUUUGCUAAUGGAGGAGAAGUGCAAAUCCUGGAUGACUGCGAUGGAAAAGGAAGGCGAAGAUCAGAAGCUGGCUGAAAUUAAAAUGGUGAUCAACACACUUCCUGAGCCAAAUAUUCAGCUCUUGAAGCACUUUAUGGUUCUGCUCUACCACAUAAGUGAGAAUGCAGAAACAAACAAGAUGGUUUCCAUCAAUCUGGCUAAAUGUGUUUCUCCCAACUUGCUCCAAACAGACGUUGGAAACUUGGAAAAAAUGGAAGAGGUGACGAAACUGACUGAGUUUCUCAUUGACAACUGCCCUCAAAUAUUCGGUGAGGAUGCAUUGGGGCUUUUUGGAGACUCUGAUGAAGAUGAAUUCAGCGAUAACCAAGAUUCUUUUUCUUCGCAUCAUCUCGACUCUGCGUACGACAGUAAUGACCCUGAUGCAGACGGCUACAAGGGAAGUAGUUCUGACAUGGACUCUAUCAAAUCUGGCGCUGAAGAGAAAUCCCAAGAACAUUCUAGCACAGAGGAACUUUGGACAAAACAGCUGACCCGCAGACGUUCAGAACCAGUAAUCAACCUAAGACAGGGAGUGCAGCAGCACCUUUCGCUCUCCAGGAGCCAGACAGAGAUGGACUUUCACGAGAAACUCUUAACAAAGCAGAUCUCUGAUGACUGUAUUGUGGUUAGAGCAGGCAACAGCUUGGGGAACAGGGACAGGGCGACCUCUAAAGACUGCUCGUUUUGUUCUUCGAGUUCUCUUGAGAGCUGUUUCUCCAGCGCUUCUGAGAGCUCUAUCCACAACAGUCCGCCUCUUGUGCCUCUAUGCGCUCAAAGAAAGGCCCUUCAACGCAAAUAUUCCUUCCCCACACGCCAAUCGGCACCUGCUCCGAAUCGCUCUGAGACUCCCAGAAGGCGCUCGCAGUCCAUGAAGAGCGCACACAUGAGAAGCAGGACUGUCUUCGGGCGAAGCGGCUCCACCAAACGGGCCAUCGAGAGAACCCUGCGCCACAGCCAGACCCUUCCCGAGGUCCUGAAUCCUCCUCUGGAGCCGAGGCGCUUGUCUAGCGAGGAGGUUUUCCAGCAGGUGGACAGCAGGAUACCAAGCAACCCUCCAAGCUAUAAGCAAGCUGUUCAGGACAAUUCCCACGUUCCCCUUUCCAGCUGUAAAUCGUUGACCGUUCAGGAUGCCAGAUGUCUGUCAAAGCAGUCGUGCAGCCACUCGAGAUCUUCGAGUGAAAAGAUAUUGGAUUUGUCAUUUGGGAAUGAGCAUUUUGAUAUCCAGAACACAGACUGUACAUGUUGUGAUAGCACGAGUGGAUCCUCCUCAGAGUUGAGACAGAGGACCGCAUCUGAAUCUGGGUAUGAAGCAUCAGUACAAGUUUGGUGCGAUCAGGAAGACCUCAGAGAGACAUACGUCUGAUUUACUGUACAUUUUUACAUGCAUUAGACCUCAUAAUGAGGCGUUACCAUUUCAGGGCUUCAAGUACAAUUCAGAGUUGUGCUGAAUAUGUUGAAUUUUUGUUCUUCAUUUUAGUCCAGUUUGUUUGUGAUAAUGUUUUUAUGCCCGUAUUUUGAUUCUCUAGCACCCCCCAAAUCAGGAAAUGUAACUGAAAUGCACUUUGAGGAAAUUUCACUACACAGAUUUUAUGUUUUUGUGCAAUGUUUGCAGAACAGAUGUAAAUGCUUACAAUGUAAAUCUUCUUUUGAAAGACGUGAAAUAAAGCUAAAGUCAUGUUGCUAUACAACUUA